UCGAGGAGUUUCUGGCCAUGGAGGCCACCACGAUAUUGCGGGCUGUUGCCGGCAAUAUAACCUCCCUCCAUGGCCAGGGCAUGGUAGACUCCGGCGUCAUGUGCCAUCUAAGGCGACAUAUCCACUCGGUAGGUGUCUUCAAUGGAGAAAACAGUAUGAAAGCCGCUCUCCCUCUAUUGAUGCUGCAAAUCUCCUUGAUGAACAUAAUCACACGCGGCGCCCGGUAUAUCUUGAGGCCUUUCAAACAGCCUAGUGCCAUCGCCGACAUUAUCGGCGGUAUCAUUGUUGGCCCUACACUUUUGGGACGAAGCAAGACGUUCAAUAGCAUAUUUUUUCCGUCUGAUAGCUACUAUACCAUGGCGACGUUGGCGAGAAUGGGGACAGUAUUCUACUUUCUCAUCCAAGGAUUGAAGAUGGACCCCAUGUUGAUCCGCAAAUCUGGUAAAAGGGAAGUGGUAAUAGCUGUGUUUGGCUUCUUGGUUCCAUUGACUCUAUACUUCUGCGUGUAUCACAUCCUCGUCCAAUUACAAGGAACUAUUAUCAUCGAGGGGAUAUUCAUGAUAAUACUAGGAGUGGUAAUGUCCCUUUCAAUAUUCUCCACUAUUCAUCCGAUCAUAGAGGAGCUGAACCUCCUGAAUUUAGAGCUUGGCCGGAUAACCUUAUCAGCAUCGCUAAUACACUUUUUCACAUCAAUGGUUGGGAUUUUGAUCUUUGAUACUAUCAGAAAUGGUAGGACCCGUCCCUUAAUGGGAUUGAUGUUCUUUGUUAGCUUAGUGGCAGUAAGCAUAUUUGUUGUAUUUAUAAUCCGGCCGAUCGCACUGUGGACCAUCCGUCGGACACAUGAGGGAGGAACCAUGGACCGGAGUUACAUCAGUGGAUUCCAAUUCAUGACCAUGGUCAUGGCGUUCAUUGGUAACUUCUUUGGGUCGGCUGUAUUUAAUGGGUCUUUGUUGAUGGGAUUGGCAAUACCAGCCGGACGACCGCUCGCAUCGGCCAUUGUGGAUAAAACUGAGGCUUUCAUUAAUGUGAUCUUUCUGCCUCUAUUCUUUGGCAGCAUCGGUUUGAGAUGCAAUGUGUUCAGUGUCACGAAUUGGAUGAAUUUCGUGAACUUGCAACUUCUGAUCACGGUUGCAUUUAUCGGGAGACUGGUGGGGACCCUUUUGCCUGCUUUGUAUUACAAGAUCCCUUUCCGGGAUUCGCUUGCCCUGGGCCUCAUGAUGAACCUCCGCGGCGUGGUGGAGGUGACUUUUUGUUUGCAUUGGCUUGAUAGCAAGAUGAUUGAGAAUGAAGUAUAUGGCACAUUGGUGCUGCUAAUGGUUGUAAUCACAGCUAUUUUAUCUCCCAUCGUUCAGAUGUUGACUAAAAAUGUCAAGCCAUACAGGCCCUACAACAUGAGAACCAUAGAACACUUCAAGCACAAAACUGAGCUAUGCAUACUAACAUGCAUAAAUAGACAAGACAACGUCCCAACCAUAAUCAAUCUCCUUGAAGCAACUCACUCUGACUCGGAAAACCCAAUAUGUGUGUAUCUCCUCAACACGUUCGAACUCCUCGGUCGCGCCAUGCCCAUUCUCAUUGAACAUGAGAAACUAAAGAGAUUAUCAUCCAUGAACCAAUCCGAUUCCAUUGUUAGUGCCUUCCGCAACUAUGAGCAACGCAACAAAGGGUCCGUUGCAGUCCGACCGUUUGCUGCCAUGGCCCCUUACAGCAGCAUGCACCAUGACAUAUGCAAGCUUGCAUUGGAUAAGAAGGUAUCAUUGUUGAUAGUCCCCUACCACAAGCAACAAGCCAUUGGAGGAAUUAGUGUUGUGAACCGCGCUUUCCGAACCAUCAAUCCUAACAUUCUAGCUGAGUCUCCUUGCUCUGUCGGAAUCAUCGUCGAUCGUGCUGGGCAGGCCGGCAAUGCAAAAUACUCCUCUGGCAAUCUCGAGUACCGGGUUGGUGUACUAAUCUUAGGAGGCUGUGACUGUCGCGAAGUGUUGUCCUACGCAUUGCGGAUGUCGGAAAACCCACAGGUGAAACUUACAGUGAUGCGGCUCAUCCCAACCAUUGACAGUAAGGAUUGUCUACCAGAGAGGCAGCAAGAUAAUCAGCUGGUGGCCCAUUUCAGAGUUGUAUGUUCUGGCAACAAUAGGGUGGUGUAUAGGGAGAAAUCAGUCAGCAAUGGUGAGCAGACAGUUAAAGCACUCCGUUCCAUGGGGGAUAAUUUCGAUCUUAUAAUGGUUGGUCGGAGACUAGGGUUGGGCACUUCGCUCAUCGAAGGUCUGACAGAUUGGACCAAUUCACCAGACUUAGGGGUGAUUGGCGACAUCGUGGCUUCACCAGAUUUCUUUCAGGCCCCAGUCUCGGUGCUAGUGGUGCAACAAGGUAAACAUGGCUGUAGUGGGGUCCACCUUCCUGGCCUCAACUUGAAAAAUACAUUCUGAGCCUUUGUGCAGUUUUGUUACGUAGGAUUCGAGGAAAGUUUUGAAACUGUACAGGCUCCAAAGAUGAGCCAGGUUUAGAUCAAGAUUUAAAAAUAGGCUUGUAGUGAU